GAAUGCUUUACUUCAGAGCAAAAAUGCCGUUCUUGGAAGCAGUGUAGCUAGGCCUUGCUACAGAAUUAAUAGGUUUAUUUUCACUGUUAUAAGAUACGCUACUCUAAAUUCUGUUCACACACUGCAUAUCCAGUCUUUGUUGUGUUACCUCGUGCCCCUCUUUGUUCCCCUUCGAUAAUCUAGAGGACACCUGGGUAGCUUCUUCGACACCUACAACUAAUUCCAACACUUCCUUACUUUGAUUUCGAAGCGUUAUUUGUUUCCGAAUUACUUUUUAGAGAAUGCCAUCAUCUUCCUGCAAUAACAUAACCAUACCGAAGGAUGGUAAAUAUCACGUUGACCCAUCAAACCCAAUGCACAUGGUGAGGUACUUGGAAGCGUGGUACCCACCUGGAGUAUCAGAGAAAGACUUUCUAUGGGGUGGCAACACCGCACAGCUAGCACUACUUGCAGACAAUACUGUACUAAAGUACGCCUGGGACAGAGACGACGGUCGCGCGAAGAAUUGUCUCGAAGUGGAACAUUCAAUUCUAUCAGCACUUGGAGAUCAUGAAAGGAUCAUAAAGUACUUAGGGAAGCACGAGUACGGCCUUCGAUUCAAGUUCGCAGCUAAUGGAGAUGUACGCCGGUACUUGACAAGUCGAAAUCCUAGCGAAAGCUCAGAGCAGCUACGAAGGAAGUGGGCGAAGCAGGCCGCUGAAGCAGUAGCUUUUAUCCACAGCGAAGGCGUUAUCCAUUGCGACAUACAUCCAAAUAAUUUCCUUCUUGACGAAAACCUUGACAUUCAACUCUGCGAUUUCGCUGGAUCUGUAUUCGGUCAUCUAGAUGGGGGCGCUAUGGAAAGCAUUCGAUUUUUCCUGCCGAGGGAUCCAAUGACCACACCAGACAUCAAGUCAGAUUUAUUUGCACUAGGGUCUACCAUCUAUUUCCUAAUGUCUGAUCGUGAGCCAUAUAGCAAUCUGAUAGAGGAAGAAGUGACAGCUCGAUAUUCAAGAAUGGAAUUUCCAGAUAUUCGAAGAUACCCGUGCGGACGUGUUAUUGAGGCCUGCUGGAAAGGCGACUACCGAAGUGCACAAGAAGUGGUAGAAUCCAUUCUUGCACUAUCUGAUUGAAAGAGCUCAUACAUUGGUUUACAGUAAUUGAAGACCAUUUUAUUGCAAUAAGACUCACAUAACUACGUCAUCGACGCAGCUAAGCCUGCAAGCUUCAUGCCCAAGGCUACGUACAUAUCUGGUUGUUUAGAUUUCGAACAUCAUCUGACACUAAGUUUCUAACCACC